AUGAAGGUUUUACUAGUUUGCGCGUUAUUGUGCGUCGCCGGUAGCCUGGCUGCUGCGAGCGGCGUAGUGGUCUGCUACUACGGUACAUGGGCCAACGAGAGGACCGGAAGCGGCCGCUUCGGCGUGAGCGACAUGCCCACAGAUCUCUGCACGCAUAUCGUAUAUUCCUUCCUCUUACUUAACGGAACCACGGGAGGCAUUAUUGCCCCUGAAGAAACUACUAACGACGGAAAGAGUAAUGCUGUUGCUGACCUCAUUGCGUUAAAAGAGAAGAAUGCCGAUUUGAAAAUCAUGGUUGCUCUUGGUGGUUGGAAUGAAGGCUCAACAAACUUCACAGCGGUUGUCAACGACGAUACUUUGAGGGCAAAGCUGGUCAGUAACUUGUAUAACUAUAUUGACUCCCACGGCUUCGAUGGUUUGGACGCGGACUGGGAGUACCCUGGACAAAGAGGUGGAGCAGACACUGACAAGGAAAAGUUCGUGGCUUUCCUCAAGGAGUUGAAGGAAGCUUUCGCAGCGAAAUCUUAUCUGUUGACCGCCGCCGUCGCCGUUACCCAGUCAAACAUCGAUUUGUCCUACAACGUCACCGAACUUAAUGAAUACCUGGACCACAUCAACCUGAUGUGUUACGACUACCACGGCUCUUGGGAUACUGCGACUGGAGUAAACGCACCUCUAUACGCUCAGUUAACUGACGACGACUCCUCAGUUUUAAAUGUCAACCACUCCGUUAACGUCUGGAUCAACAACGGCGCGAGUCCCUCCAAGCUGGUGUUGGGUCUGGGAGCGUAUGGAAAGACCUUUACCCUAACCAAUCUGAGCGACACUUCAACCGGGGCGCCGAUCUCUGGAGUCGGGGCAGCCGGCCCUUACGUCGCAGAAGCUGGAGUUUAUAGUUACUAUGAGAUUUGCGAAGACCAACAGAACAACUCCGCUGAAUGGAGCAUCACCGAGGUGGAUGGCAACUACGUGUAUGCCAACAAGGACCUCUUCUGGGUCGGCUACGACAACCCUAGCACUAUUAAGGCUAAGGCACAAUAUGCCAAAACCAUGGGCCUGGGAGGCAUCAUGUACUGGGCCGUAGACUUGGAUGACUUCAGUGGCCUCUGCGGAAAGAAGUUCCCUCUCAUCAAAGCGGGCAUUGCUGGAUAUAACUCUGCUUAACUUAA